GAUAUAAACAUAUAAAAGGGCAACUUCUAAAUGCAGAUGAGCUUCAAGAGCUGUAUGAUGGUUUAAAGCUUAAUGAUAUUCAUCAUUAUACACAUAUUUUGACAGGAUAUGUUGGAACCGUGACUUUUUUGACGAAGCUUGUGGAGAUUGUAAAGGAGUUGAAAAAACUCAAUCCUGACUUAUAUGUUGUUUGUGAUCCUGUAAUGGGGGACCAUGAUAAAUUGUAUGUACCUGCAGAAUUAUUGCCAAUUUAUAGGGAUGACUUCAUACCUAUAUCUGAUUUAAUUACACCGAACCAGUUUGAGGCAAAACUCCUAACUGGCAUUGAUAUCAAGUCUCAAGAAGAUGCUAUAGAAGCUAUGAAUGUAUUCCACAGCAAAAAUGUUAAAACUGUUGUUUUAUCUAGUGUUCAGCUGGAUGUCUCUGAACACCUCCUUUUAUUUGGAAGUUCAAUAAUAAAUGGCCGAACUAUUGUUUCAAUGGAAAUUCCAAAGUUAGAUGCAAUAUUUACUGGCACUGGAGACUUGUUUUCAGCCUUGCUUUUAGCUUGGAUGGCAAGGACUAAUGGAGAUUUAGUUAUUUCCUGUGAAAGAACUAUCAAUUCAUUGAAACGUGUUUUAGAAAGAACAUUAGAUUAUGCAUCAGCUUUGAAAGACCCAUCUUGUUCUGCUUCAAUGGAAUUAAAAUUAAUACAGAGUAAGAAUGACAUUGAAAACCCACCAACAAUUUUAAAAUGUCGAAAACUGUGAUGAUUUUCGUUAUAUAUGGGAUGAGAAUUUUCUCCAUCCUUCUAGAUAGAUACUGGUGUCCACCAAUGCUUAAAUGUGUGUGUAUAUUUACUCAGAAUUAUAAAAUUAAUUAUGUUCUUGUUUAGGAAGAGGAAGCACUGUAGAUCAUUUCUUUUAUUAUUUUUAGAUUUAAUUAAUUUUAAUAGAGAGAAUAAAACUUAAAAAUAAAUUCCUGAAAAAUUAUAUGAGGAGUAUUCUUAUACUUUAAAACUGAGAUUUGGUAGACUAAUCAUAAUUUUAUACCAUUUGAUAUUUCUGAAAAUGUUCUUACAUAUCUGCUUAAGUUAUAAUGACUUAAAAAAGAGACAGCGUAAUUUAAAAUAAGAGGGAAAAUGCAUCAGGGGCUAACAAAUGGUAUUUUCAGGAACUUUAGACAUAUUUAAAAAUGUUAUUUCGAAACAUUUUUGACCAGUAAUGGUUCUAGAGAUAUUUAAUACCUUUUUGUUAUAUAAGAAGAAGAGAAAAUCACAUAUUUUAAAAUAACUUCAUAUUUUUUUAUAAAAAUUUGUGUUGUCAGUUUUAUUUAUAUCAGAUCUAUAGUUUCUUUGUCAUUACUAAAAUUAUAUGAUCAUAUUCAAGAAAAUCUUAGUAUAUUUUAAGUGUGAAAAGUUUUUAAAGGUUUGUGCUAAACCUAUUCGUUACUCAUGCUAAUAGGCUUUUCUUUAUCUGUAGUAAGUUUUUGUUUAAUAAUAUUUCAUGUAUAUAUUAAAAAAUUGCAUCUGAUGUUUAUCAUUAAAGUAGUACGUUAAUCACUUCUAAAUGAGAUGAGAUUUUACUAGGUAGUUGUAGAGUAAAUUGUAGGAGUUCAUAAAAAUUUCAGGAAUUACAAAGAUUACAGUAAUAAAUGCGAUUUUUUUUUUUUUUUUUUUUUUUUUUUUUUAACUUCUAAAGAAUCAUGCUAACAUUUUUAAAAGGUAUAGUUUAUACAAAGUAGAAAUUUAAGUAACUACCAAAUAAAAAUAUUACAUUAUUCAUUUUUAAAAUUGAUACUGUUUAAGCUUGUAAAUUCCUUUCAUCACACAUAUCAUGCUGUACAUAUGUUAGUACGUAACAAUAUGUUACCUAAUAAGCAUUUAUGGAACCUUCACUCUCCUAAGUGAUGCAUUAGAGUAUCUUUGCAAAUUGAGAUCUCUGCCACUUUCGGAAAACCUACCCCUAAAAUUACGGCGGCUUGAACAUUUCUUACAACAGAGAAAAUAACUUCUUCUGUCUCAUCCUACACAUAUACAUGUAAUAACAUCUUACCAAUGCAUGUAUACUGCUUGCCUUGUGUGGCACUAACAUUUGUCCCUCGCAAGUUAAAAACAUUUUUGAAAUAAAACUACAUUGAGUUUGUGUAUCGAUCAUUGCUUCUGCAGGGAUAUUGUUCAGUAACACCUGCACAAUUGGCAGCUCCAAAUUUUUCAUCAUUAUGAUAUUUAUUUGAACUUCUGAAGGAUUUUUUUUAUUCCAGAGAGAGAUUGUGUCCUCUUGUGCCAUUCCUAGUUUAACUUGUCCUCUUGAUUUUUCUUUUGCCUGUAAGUUUAGUGACCUUCACUCGUGGUUAAAUUCUUCCUUGUACUCUCAGAUUAUUUUUUUGA